ACCGAAUGCUUAAACACAGAACAAAAUCGGCCGACAAAAUACUGUAGAUGAUUUAUGAAAUUUGCUUUUAAAUUUUCAUUUACAAUGUAACAUCAAAGAAGUACAAUAUGUAGUGUGGUGAAUUGUUUUUUAUAAUGGAUUAUAGAGUGAGACCAUUUAUAUUUUUGUGGCGGAAAUAAGCAUGAUUUUCUUAGUUUUAGGAAUCUUUUCUUUAUUCAGUUUAACGGAUGGGACUUGCACAUUUCCAACUCAGCUGGAGGGGCUGUGGACCAGCAGUCACAAUGGGGAUAUGACAUUUAACUCCACCCACGUGGAUUACCCCGUGGGCGCUACUGGAGGAAACCUCAUUUUCGAGUGCUACAGCACAACAGGGACAAAAUACAUUGCGAAAUCACAGGUUUUCCCCUUGUUCAGCAGUUUUGCUAUGGCUGUGAUGUGUUUUGACGCCAGCUUACUAAAAACCAGUUUAUAUCAAAUGAAUAUCUACACAAGCAAACUUGCAGACGCUAAUUAUCAGAGGAUCAAGUACGUCACUACUUCAACUACCGUCACUGACGCUGUAGCCUGCGACGACAAUGCAAACACCGAGUUUCACUUGUUGGUUAAAAACGGAUCAUUAUCGGAUGUUACUAUUCAGUGUCCCGAUGUUCUGCUUGGAUCUUUUACCUUGACAUUCAAUGAAACGUCCUGUGUGAACGACACUGGUGCUUUGGAAGUCUGCGAUGACAACACUUUGAUGACUUUCAACCAUACUGCUUGCUCCACAAAAAUAGCUUACUCAGAUGGCGGAAACCUGCAAUGUGUGUACUCGUCCGCUGUUGGUUCCGCUCAGAGAGUCCAUGUCUACAACUUGGACACCACGACAGACGAGUCGACCUACUACAGAUUCACCUGUCUCAUGCUAGAGAGUUCUGGAGGCAGGGUGAUAGGGACACAGCACCCCCAGGACUGUCUCAGCACUCAGACCUCUACGUCUGUGGAUUCACCUGGGGGAACAUUAAACAUGACAGCUUCACAAACCUGUGUACCGACGACGUCGCAAUCGUCAGUUGCCACGGCCGCCAUUGUGGCUGGCGUUCUUGUGACCUUGGUAGUCCUGACUGUUGUUGGACUCAUCAUCGGCUACUUCUGCUGGAAGGCCAAGUGCAAGAAAGAGAAAGUAGAGCCCAGGAAAGGACUUCCACCGACCAGUACAGGUAUGCCGUCAUUUCUUUCCCAUCACAUGGACAGCGGGAAACCACAGGGAUUCCAAUCCAUGAAGCGUGAGCCCUCCAACAGUACCCUGCUGUCAGACAGUCGCGCUAACCUUAUCCUUACCCCCAGUACUCUGCACCCUAACUAUAUAAGUAAGCACGACGCUCUGGAGAUCCCCGUCCCACUGGAUGCCAACAAAGGCAUCUUGCCGCCACUGGGUAACCUUGAUGGGAGUCAGUUAAGUCUUCUUCACAACGACGAGACGGCGAUGACAGGCAGAAAACACCAAUCCAAGGGGCACGCCAAAAAGAAAAAGAAAGGCACCAAAACUAAGAAACACUGAGUUGAUUAGCUUGUUUUCAGCUGACACUUUCUCGCCCAGAAACUCUGCCAAAUUUCGCAGAUGUUUUAGGGCUUUUCGUGGAUAUUAGAACUUCUAUAUCCCUUUUUUUAAUUCCUGAUCCAAUUGUUAUUCGUCUUGAUAGUGUACAGAUGUAUUCUACUGCGAACAAUCGAAAUUAUCCAAUGUUUUAUAUUCCGUUUCACCAUUACAGAUUUAUCUGUUCCAUUUAGUUGUUUGUUGCUUACGUCAAGUACAAGUAACAGUGUGAUGCUAUGUUUAAUAGUGCUUUAACAUGCCGAGAGUGCUUAUGAUCAUGAAAAAGUGUUUUAUGUUCUUUUUUGUUACAUGUUGUUUCUAUGUCAUUGACAAUUGUAUUCUCUUUAACCGUAAGCGUUGAUAUGUGGAUUCGUUUCUUUAUUAAAAAUAAUCCUUAUUAUA